CCCCGCGACCACAAUCAUGGCUCUUAACGACGAAGGCCAGACGAAUUACGUGACGCUCGUCUCGAGCGAUGGGUUCGAGUUUAAGAUCCUCCGCUCAGCCGCCUGUAUUGCGCCCACGAUCAAGAACAUGUUGAAUCCAGCCACCGGUUGGCAAGAAGCAAGAGAGAACCGAUGCAUCUUCAAGGACAUCAACGGUAUCGUGCUCGAGAAGAUCUGCGAGUACCUAUACUACAACGAGAAGUACGAGAAUUGCAAGGAUAUACCGGACCUGGACAUCCCACCAGAGCUGUGCUUGGAGUUAGUGAUGGCGGCGGAUUACCUGCAAGGCAUGGCUUCCCGGCGACGAUUAGCUAAGGAGCUUGUGCUAAGUGCGAUGCAGUUUGAUCGUUUAACCCGAUUUUUAAACACGUUGGAUCUAACAUGCUAGAGAAUAGCAUGCUCAAAGACUAGGAUAUGUGAUCCGACAGCGCAACGCUUUGCUACCACAACGACGUUAAGCCAGCACCCAGUAUUGACCCGAUCUUGCGAGCUCUGGGAAGGUUCAUGACGAUUAUGGAUGCGUUACGACAGGAUGAAUUAUGAGGUGCAGCUCCGGCAUAUGGGUAAAGGCGUAGUGGUGUUCAAGCAAUGAGUAUACCCGCCCCUGUGGCACAGUUCGUUUUCAGAAUCGAGCAUUUUCCUCAUUUCUCCUACUCUCAUCGUCUGGAUCUGCACGCCCAACGAAUAUCUCCUAGUUUCGAUGAGUGAUGUGGUAUAGUAGCAGACUCGUUGGCUGUGCGCUCACGCUGGGUGUGAAAAUAGUUGCACACUCAUCAGGCACUCCGUCUCGCGGGUACACCUGUCU